UUUUUUUUUUCGGUGGAUGAUAUCGGCACACCGUGCGAUAUCGGCUCUCGAUCGCUGUCACUACCCUGUCUACAAGACGCAUUGCCUGUUUAAACAUCGUGCGCUCCUAUACUAUCUGUUGUUUAUUUAGCUGGAUAACAAGUCAUCUCCCAUCACAAAGCUUUAAUGACUAAUUUUAUUCGCUAUUCAAAUAUCAAUUUCUAUAAAAUAUUAAGUAAAUAUUCUAAUUUUUUUCUUUCGAAAACUGGACACGAAUUUCAUAUGCCACUCAUGCACUCUAUUUCAUCGGCCCAUACCUCAGCAGAGUAAAAAUAAUAGAAGCCCAUGAAACCAUUCCGUGGUUUAAAAUCUGCUUUUUUUUAAACACAGAAAACCAAAGAAGAAUUUUACAAGGAUUUGUUGAAAUUUUCAAAUAUGUCAUGAAAGAAUAGGUGAAACGGUGAUAUUGGUCCUAUUAACAAUAUCGAAAUAAUUAUCACCUUUUAUCAAGAUCAAGUAACACUAAAUCUGCAAACUUUCAAUUCGCCCAACAGUUGUUUAUAUCAUGCAAUAAUUAUCUACACAAACUUUUCAUCAAAGUAUCGCGGCUUGCCAAUUCUUUGAAGAACCUUGGAAUCCCGAAGUGGAGAUGUACCACACGGUGCAUCGAUACAACGGUUUAUUGUAGAUUACACAAAGAUGUCGGAUAUAUUAUAUACAAACGUAGGACGAGUCAUACGUGCGGAAAUGGUCAGACUCAAGGUAGUGCAUUUAUUUCCGGGCAAUCAACAGGUGGGCUCUUAGAACAAAGAUAAGGAAAGUCCCCCAUUUACCAGUCCGCGUUGUCGCGCGUGUUCCGGGCUAAUUAGUAUGUAAUUACAGCUAUUUCUGGGCUCAGGACGUGGAGGGACCCACUACCCCCUCGUGGAAUUUUGACUAAUCAUAUCUGGAGUAAACAAAUAUUCGUGUGCAGUGAUGACAAGAGUAAUCUGUUACAAGAAUUCGUGAAGAGCCCCGGUAUGAUAAGAUCUGUCUUGUGAGGAACUCUUAGGCGGCUUCGGGAACAGAGAGGACUGUUGCACAAUUCGCAUGAACCUAGAAAUAUACUGCAUUACAUGGGAAUUUGUACCUUUCAUGUCACUGGAGUGUAACUACGACAGGUAACUCAAAAUGAGUGACUGCACCUUCAACUCGACUACAGUUAACUUCCUAGAGGCAACCUCUGAUCUGGAAAAGGUCACAAAAUGGCUACGAUUUUGCAAGGCCGCUUAUGUCGACAAAUGUGACAUGUACAGCCUGAAGCCUCCACUGUUUAACCUGUCUUUUUUAUACAGCGAGGCGACGGAAGAAGAUUGCCUUGACACAAAGCAGCUGACAGCUUACUGCAUUUCCAUGAUCUUAAGCAUUUUGAUAAUUCUGGCAAACAGCGUCAUCCUUGGAGCUUUUGUGUAUGGCCGCAAUCGUCUGUUGAAGAGCUCGAAUAUUCCCAUCAUCAGCCUGGCACUGUCCGACCUUCUGACUGGAAUUACUUUCUUGUACAGUUCUACCUGGAAUCUUAUCAUUUUGGAUGCUGGGUACGACUUUGAUCUGAUGAAAAUUCAACAGUAUACCAGCCUGCGCGCAAACUACUACCUCUGCUUAACAUUGGAUGGACCAGGGUUCGUUUUCGCUUGCAUGAUGUCCUCUGUUUUAAGUUUGUCCGUCAUUGCAACAGACCGUUAUCUGGCAAUAUUCCACUCCUACCGCUAUCACUUCUGGAUUACCACCCCAAGAAUGGUGUUCUCUAUCAUAAUAAUAUGGAUCAUUUCUUUAAUAGUUAGUGUUGUUCCUUUGCUGGGAUGGAACAAUUGGAGUGGAACAUGUCAGUUGACCGAAGUCAUGCAUUACGACUAUCUGGUCUUGUGGAGUUCCAUCUGCUUUAUUUGUGGGUUCCUGAUUCUGUUCAUAUAUCUAAGGAUUUUUAUAGUUGCCCGAAAGCACAGCCGUCAAAUAGAGGCUCAGGUGACAUCCACAUCUAGCACCAGUGAAAAUGUUCCUGCCGAACCGCGGAUGAGCAAAGAUCUCACAACUAUGAAAUCCAGAAACACGACUUCCGGUUCUCUUCGGAGUUCCAAGUCCACCGUGGACUAUCUGGAAGACAGUGGAUGCCAUGAUGUUAUAGAGAUGAAUAAUAUGUCCACACAAGAAUCAAACACCUUAGAGCCACGGAACAAAGAAAAACCUAGCGAUGAAGAUCAAGUACAAGAAAAGAGCGAUCAGAGAAAAGGAGCCUCACCAGAGACAGGAACCAGCAAUAGCCAGAAAGAGAACGAGCACAAAAGCGAGGAUGUCGGCCAGUCCAAGACACCAGAAAACAAGACCACGGCAGACGAUGCUUCAUCAGGGACAAAGAGGCAAGAAACCAGAAAAUCAACCGGAGCAACAGUGGUCUUCAUAAAGGACAGUAAAAACCCCUCUAGAACUUCCAACAAGCAAGUGGACAAAAAGCGAUUUCAGAAGCCCAGCAUGAAGGCUGUGCGAACCACUGCCAUGAUCCUGGGGGCUUUCUACCUCUGCUGGACCCCUCUACUGGUGUACCUUUUACUAAAGGUUCAGGACCAGUUCCACAAUCUUAUGGUGUACUACUUGUUUGUAGUGACACAGCUGAACUCCCUCUUUAACCCUCUUGUUUAUGGCUUCCGACAGUCAGACAUCAAGGCUACACUCCACAGGAUGAGAACAUGUCAAAAGGCAUACUGAAUCUUGGGAUGUUAUUUAGAAUUGCUUUAUAUAACUGUACAUUUAACUUUAAAAGUAAAGCAAAUGUCUUAUUUUGGAAAUAUUUUGUGACUGUUAUGAAUCCACGUGUCACUGGGUGAAUUUUGCAAGUUACAGUGAAGGAUGACGAAUUAAUUCUUUUUUCAAUAAAUUUUUACUUUAUCUUAAAAUAUCAUAGAGUGACUUUUGUUGAAUAAAACCAAUUAAUAGAAUUAUGAGGUUAUUGAAACAAAUAUUUAGGCUAAUGCGGAUUAAAGUUUACUCCAAUAUAUUUUAGCAUAUGGAAAAUGUCCAUACAGGAUGUUUUGUCUUAUAAUCUUUCAUAUUGUCCUAUAGAGAAUUCAAUUACAAUUCAGUGUAUUUUAUGCUACCAUUUUUAAAAUUCAAAUCAAAGAAUGAAAUAACCCGGUAAUGAGAAUUAUUAUCUAGGAUGAAAUAUAAUUACCUAUAUCUUUAUGAUCAAUUCAUUAUACAAAACUCUUUGCACCAGCUGCCACCACAACAUUUUGAUUGCAUACACGGGUUUCUACACAGAGCUCAAAAAUUUGAAUAAAGUUUGUUGUCCUUAAUAAAACUUCUUCCUGAACAGUAGGAAUUUUAAGGGGGCAUCUCUUCCCAAUACUCAGUUUGUAAAACAUCACUUCACACUGCCUCUUCUGUCUUAAUGUUGAAUCUCAAAUUUAGAUCUGAGUUUUAAAUGAUUGAUGUAUCAAUCAUUGUGCAGGCUUGUGGCAUUUAGAAUGAUAAAGGUCAUGUCCAUAUCCUUUAUUCAUAAACACUUUCUAUCAAAUGUUAUGCACAAUAAUCAAUACCUACUAGAAUUUUAGUUAUUUGUGAGUUUAUAUCUACUAGAAUUUUAGUUAUUUGUAAGUGAAUAUUUACUAGAAUUUUAGUUAUUUGUAAGUUAAUAUCUACUAGAAUUUUAGUUAUUUGUAAGUUAAUAUCUACUAGAAUUUUAGUUAUUUAUAAGUGAAUAUCAACAAGAAUUUUAGUUAUUUGUAAGUUAAUAUCUACUAGAAUUUUAGUUAUUUGUAAGUGAAUAUUUACUAGAAUUUUAGUUAUUUGUAAGUGAAUAUUAACUAGAAUUUUAGUUAUUUGUAAGUUGUUUGAGUGUACUACACAGUAGUGUAAUUAAGAUUUGUAUUUGUUGUUUUCGGAAAAUAAAAUGGGUCAAUAUGCUUGUA